AUGGCCUCGCUCGGAAUCGUAGUUGCUCUGUUCUGCUACGUUUGGGUCUUCUCGGUCACUGGUGCCGAUUCGGCGACAUUCACUAUAGUCAACUCGUGCAGCUUCACGGUCUGACCGGGGAUCCUCUCCAGCGCCGGAACCGCGCCGCUCUCCACCACCGGCUUCGCCCUCGACCCCGGCGCAUCCACCUCGGUGACCGUCCCUGCCUCCUGGUCCGGCCGCAUCUGGGGCCCCACCCUCUGCUCCCAGGACCCCGCCACCGGCAAGUUCGCCUGCCUCACCGGCGACUGCGGCUCCUCCGCCCUCGAGUGCUCCGGCGCCGGCGGGCUCGACUUCUAUGACGUCAGCCUUGUCGACAGGUACAACCUCCCGAUGCUGGUUGUGCCGCACGGCGGCGCCGCCUCCAGGGCGGGAAACUGCACCGCGAUGGGGUGCGCGGCGAACCUGAACGUGGCGUGCCCGCAGGAGAUGAAGGUGACAAGCGCCGGGAGCGAGGGCGGGGUGGCGUGCAAGAGCGCGUGCGACGCGUUCGGGGACCCGCAGUACUGCUGCAGCGGCGCCUACGGAUCGCCGAACACGUGCAAUCCGAGCCAGUACUCGGAGUUCUAGAGGGCGUGCCCGAAGGCCUACAGCUACGCCUACGACGACGGCACCAGCACCUUCACCUGCGCCUCGGCGGAUUACGAGAUCACAUUCUGCCCGAAGCCUUCCACGAGUGUCAAGGCGGCGGGCGGUGAGUACGCGAUGUUGGCGGCGGAGGUCUCAGGCGGCGUUGCCUCGUCGUCGUGGACGCCGCCACUCGGCCGUCGCUGUCGCCGUUUCGGCGACGGUUUGGCAGUUGCGGCGGCUGUUCUGAACUGGAAAAAAACUAAGAAAAAUAUCUUCGUCGCAUCGCUCCUCGGGAGAAAAUAUUACGCAGUGGGCCCACCUCUCUUUCUCUCUAUCUCAACUGGGUAGGGCCCACGAGCUUUGCAAAGAUCAAGUAAUUUUUUUCCGGGAAAAGUGAUAUUUCCGGGAGAGAAUUCGAGAGCAGAAUAUUUCCGGGAAAGGUGAUAUUUUCUCGGGAAGAUUUUUUCGGGGGGCGAUGACGAUGGAAAUUGAGGGUGACGGCACGAAGUCAACCGCCGGCGGGCUCUCCAGCGCUUGAUG